UUGCCUUGUUUUGAAGGACUGUGUUAAGGAAGUUGUGUCACAAUUUGCGUUUCAACUAAUAUAAUGGCUGAUUCGUAGUAAUAUAACAAAAGAAAUCUACUGAUUUCGAGCAUACGAUAAAUAUUUUGCAUAAAAUAUUCAAUACCAUAUGUACAAUAUUAAUCAUAAAACAUUAAGCCAUAGAAAAGUGUGAACAGCAUAUUCUCAAAAUUUAGUCCUAAAAUAUGGAAUCUCCAAAACAGUUAGAGCAGGAAUCAGUGGAAUAUUGGAAGGAACAAGCAAAACAUUAUGAACAAAAGGCAAGAGACAUACAGCAGGAAUUAGAUGAAUACACAGAAAACUCAGCACAACUUGAAAAGGAAUUAGAGGCUUCAUUAGAGCAAGUUGAAAAACAAAAUAGAGAUUUGGACCAUCAAAAUCAACGGCUUCAAAAUAAAAUUGAUGAUCUCAAGAAUAAACUAGACAGAAGUCAACAUGAAACAAAUGCUUUAGAAAAUGAAUUAAAGGCACUCAACAUAGAAAAAGAAAAACAAGCAAUAUAUAUUAGAGAGUUAGAACAAAAAAAUGAUGAUCUGGAAAGGGGGCAAAGAAUCAUAUCAGAGUCAGUGUCUUGUAUAGAAACCCUAUUAAAUCAAGCAUAUGAACGCAAUGCAGUUUUAGAAAGCGAAGUAGAUGAAAUGGAGAAUUUGAGGGUGAGAUUGCAAAGAGCGACAGAUGAAGCCAGAGAUCUCAAACAAGAAUUAAAAGUGAUAGAAAAAAUUCCAAUAUUAAAAAAAGAGGAUUCCAGUACAAAUGAAAAUAUAUGUAAUGGCCUCUCAACUAGGUCACAAGUAGAAAUAGAAACACAAACUUCUAUAACAUCACCAAGACGUGAAGUUAACGGUAACGCAAUGACACCAUCUUCUCGGGUAUCUGCCAUAAAUAUAGUUGGUGAUCUUCUUCGGAAAGUUGGGCUUGAAAGAUUUCUUUGCCGUGAAUGUGGUAAGGUCAAAUGUUCGUGUGACCUGGAAACCAAUGGCGAACAAGCCAUUGUCCAAAAUCAUCCACCGUUGGAUAGUAACAUUGAAAAUGAAAGCACCAUGACCGUACAAAAUAAUGACUUGGAUGAUCCUAUCGAGUAUCGUAAGCCAGCUGAGCUUACACGUCAAUAUUCAAGAUCUGAGCAAUUAAGGAAUAAUUCACAAAAGGCCCUCCCACUAUCGACACAUAGGUCUUCCGAGCAACCUUUUGUAAGAUCUUAUCAAGCCGAUCAUGGCAAACUGAGGAGGUCUUUCAUCGUCAGGUCUAGGGAGAGUCUCGAGAAUUUUCUUAAUUUCACAUCCACUAGAAAAGGACCGGACCAAAGCAAAGGAAAACAAAUGUUGCGGCAGCAGUUUUAGUAGUUCUUAAUGUUUCCCGUGUAGAUAGAUGUUCUAAAACGCCAUACAAUAAGGGUUGCUUACACUUAUAUCUAACACUACGUUAUGUUACCAUAAUGUAUGUUUACGUAAUGAUUAAUUUCAUUUCUUUUAUUAUACAGACAGCUUUUGUAUCACCUGUGAGUAUUUUAUUGCAAUACUUCUUUGAAAGCAUGUUUUUCUUAGCAUGACGCGGAUUUUACUUCCGUGAAUCCCGAUAUAGAUAUUUUUAAAACCCUUUAAAUAAUGAAAAUUUAAUACAAAUUAAAUAGAAUAAAUAUUAAACUAGAAGGUAUAACGAAGCAGCCCUUAUUGCUAGAUAUAAAACUAUUAAUAAUGCUAGUAUGUAAUAUAAAAUACAAUUGAGUAUCGUAGAAUUAUAGUUGUUUAAUUGUUUGAUGUUUAGUACAAAUUUAGAAUUAUAUAUUGUACAUAUGAACAUAAUGCAUAGAUUAACAAAAUUGCAUAUUUAAUAACACUCUGACAUCAGACUCCAUAACUUUGACGUCAACGAGUAUUAUCGAAUGUGCGAGAUACAUUAAUAAGUCUCGACUCUUAGUAAUGUUUUGUAAAACUUAGCAUUUAUUUGUUUAGAUGUCUGGCUUUUUAGGUUUUUGUUAUGGCUUUAUAGUGUAUUCCAACGGCAAAAGGGGAACAGAUAAACAAACCUUAAAUUUACAUAUUUUGCGCGAUUUAUCAAUAAUUCCGCUAUGUAUUAUGCACUAUGGGCUGUAUAUCUUUACUUAUAAUACAUCGCAAUACCAUUUAACUAGAACGUAUUCCAAAUUGUAAAUUCAGUUUGAUUUGCAUUCAGCUCUACCGUAUUCAUUUCUAUUACAGCAGCACCCACCUCAUAUUCUAUGAGUUAUCCUAACCUAUAUCGUUGGUUGCCUGGAAGAGAUUUGUAGCGAUAAGGUCGCCAAAUUUGUACCCCUCUUGUUUCCAUGUAUCCGUGUUCUAUUCAUUUAUUUUUUCUUUGUGGUGUACAAAAUUAAUUAAAUCUUUACUACUUCAGCCAUUGGAAUAGACUAUGCACAUUUCGGUGGAGGUAUUACUCGCACACAAUUACUUCGUAAUCACCUACUAAUAUUAACAUCAUUCAUGUUCGAUUUUCUUCAUUGUAGGCUUUGGAAUCAAAGUUAGCAUCGUGUCGUGGUACAGUUAGACCUAAAGAGCAUUCACCAAAUCCAAGCUCGGACGUGAAUAAGGACUACAGGUGUGUACUCAAGAACUAAGACUUGCCGAAUAAUUUCCCACGAUUUUCUUUAGCUUUUAUAGUAAUAAUACUAUAAACGAAAACAUUGCUUCAUGUUCAUGUACUCCCCACUUGUUUAUUGUCAUCUAAUGUACUGUGAUCGGAAUCACACUUUCCUAAUAUUACUAAUAUCUGUGAUGAUAAAGAAAAAUAGUUUAGAAAUGUAUGUAAAUGAUGAUUUGAUUUUGGCCUACCCACCGGAGACGAACAGUGAGACACGGCACAUACUGCCUUGCAUCGUGCACUGAGUUUCUCUUAGUUAACUUCUAAAAAAAGGAAGCAAUUUAACACGUAACAGAUUACUUACCAGCCCAGUUUAUAAAGUUAUUAAUGCCUCACGAUUGGCUUUACAAGCUAUGCCCAAGAAUGAAAGUAAACUGCUAAUAACAAUAACAGUCUGAGCGAGCAAACAAUUUUCGAUGUAAGUAAAGCCCAUAAAAUAAUUAGAGUCGCAUUUAUCUUUGUCGUAUAACAUAAUAUGAAUAUAUUAUAUAUUUUUGAGCAUUUUAUUUUUUGUAAAUAAUAUCUAAAUGUAGAGAAAUCGUUAAUAUUACAAAAUUUUAUGGAC